GCCCACCAAUCCACACUUCACUUCCGAGGAACCCAAGAGGAGACACAGCCAACAGGUUGAACAAGAAACCAAGGGGACAGCAUUGACUUCUGCAGGAAGUGCUCGUCCGUGAUCAUCUCUUUAUUUCCCCCAACUUCUCUCGGCUUUGCCAUUUGAUAUAUACCCUUUUUUGACCUCUAACCCUAUGGACUUGGGCCUGUCUUAAAUGUGCAACGACUGUGGGACUACUACUAACAAGAUGCAGAUGCAGCUGACCUUCAUAAUGCUACUAUUUUUAUUUUGUAAUGGACUAUGCUCAGAUAUAGACCACGGGAAAAGGGCAAUAGAAGAAGAGGUACUGAGAAGUCUCCUCACAUCAAAGGUAAAGCAGAGCAAGCACACCGCCCCCUUGUGGCAACUGCCUCUUCAGGAUUUGUGCAGGAUGCUGGGCAGUCUUGGGGACGCAUUGCAUGAGGCCUGGGGCAUCAAGGAGAAGGAUGAAACAGAGCCUGGCUAUGAUCAAAGUGUAUCUGGUACCUUCGCCCAAAUGCUUGUGGAACUACAUGACCUUCAGAACCUCUGUGGGGUACUGCAGCCCAGAGAGCUUCAAGACGGCCAAGAAUAUCAGGACUUGGAUCAAAACAGCGACACCCCACCGAAGAGGAAAUCCCCCUAUAUACUAAAAAGGCAACUGCGCACCAACAAAUCAAGAAGGCCGUACAUUCUGAAGCGAAGUGCAUAUUACUAAUGGUCAAAACCCACAUGCGGAAAGACAUUUUUACAUUAUGUGAACGUGUCUGUUUUCACUGUCGUAUUAUUGGUAGCAAGCGUAAUUGUGUUAUGUUUAAAGCUUGUUUAGCGAAACUUAUUUAAUUUAAAGUGAAGUUUGUCCCGUCUUCACUAUGGGAUGGACAGUGUAGAUAAAAAAGCAUUCAAUGCCAGAGUUUAUUAUAUUUAUUCAAUGUAUAUUUAUUUUUCUUCCGAUGUAAAUCAUACUUAUUAAAACUCAUUAUGAUAUUGAUCAUUUCUUCAUCAUUCUGAAAGAAUGCAACAAUACUUGGGAGUCUCUU